GUAGGCUUUACAAUACGACAUUUCAAAGUAGUGCUCUGGCUCUGAGGAAACGACAAUGAGGAGGAUAAGCGUGAAGAAGAGUGAUGAACAGUUGGGUAAUAUGUAGCGUACGUGUCAACUUUAAGCCAUGCAAUGGUGCCAACGCCCAUCACCUUUACUUCAAACAUCUAUCAACUCCUCUACAGCAAUUUCUCCUUCAAUUUCUAUUUUAUGUAUCAAUCAAUCUCUCAUUGAAUUGCUCUCUAAAAUCUUUAGUUAGAGAAGAGAAUGGAUGUUAUCAGCACAUUUCUCAACUUAGUAGUCCCUCCUUUUACCUUCUUCUCUCUCUGUUUUCUCUUGCCACCUUACUUCUUUUACAAGGCAUUUUCCUACGUUUUUAACACUAUUUUCAUUGAAGAUGUUUCUGGCAAGGUUGUUCUUAUUACCGGUGCUUCUUCCGGCAUCGGAGAGCAUUUGGCUUACGAGUAUGCAAAGAGAGGAGCCUGCUUAGCACUCGUAGCCCGACGAGAAAACCGACUGAGCGAUGUUGCUUUUAGAGCAGAAGAGUUCGGAUCUCCUAAUGUUCUUACGAUUCUUGCAGAUGUUCAAAAGGUCGAAGAUUGUCGACGACUUGUUGAGGAAACUGUUGGUCAUUUUGGGAGAUUGGAUCAUCUUGUUAAUAAUGCUGGUAUAGCUUCAGUUGCCAUGUUUGAUGAAUUAACCGAUAUUACCAGAUCUAGGACUAUAAUUGACACUAACUUCUGGGGUUCAGCUUAUACGACCCGUUAUGCAAUUCCAUAUCUCCGAGAGACCGGAGGCAAGAUCGUCGUUCUUGCGUCGUCUGCUUCUUGGGUGACAUUACCACGAAUGAGCAUCUACAAUGCAAGCAAAGCAGCUCUGGUGAGCUUUUUCGAGACAUUGAGGAUUGAAUUAGGCUCCGAUGUUCACGUGUUAAUUGUGACACCUUCCUUUGUAGAAUCUGAAUUGACGCAAGGCAAAUUCCUUACAGCUGAAGGAAAAAUGAAUCUUGAUCAAGAAAUGAGGGAUGUUGAAGUGAGUGUUAUCCCCAUUCCGAAAGUAACCGAUUGUGCAAGAUCCAUAGUAAACAGUGCUCGUCGGGGAGACAAGUACCUAACAGAGCCGAAAUGGUUCAGGAUGACAUGGAUAUGGAAGGUGUUUUGCCCUGAUGCGCUUGAAUGGAGUUACAGAUGGUUUUAUCUACCUGGACAAGAUGAACCAGCCACAGAAGCACCUAGCAAGAAAGUUCUUGACAUGACUGGAGCCAAAAAUAUUCUCUACCCCGAAUCCAUCCUAACACCCGAGCACAAAACUGAUUGAAAUCGGAGACUGUCGAAUCUCGUUUUUCCUUUAUAAAUCUCAUAUAAUGUUUAUGUUGUGGAUUCAAGAUAUUACUUGGUUUGUUUGUACAAAUUGAAGGCUUUCUCUUCUAAGGCCUUCAGCUGUUUAGGAAUCAUUUGAAAA